GAAGAAGAAGAAGAAGAAGAAGAUGAUGGCGCCCGCCAUAUUAACACAUGUGGAGAUGGAGGCAAACGUUGUCCGAUACACGAUUUUAUUUUUUGAUCAGUACUUUUGUCUUAAGGCUUAAUCUUUUGCAGCCCGUGCCUCAAUAGCGCCCGUUAGAGGUGUACAAAUAAUCGAAAUCACGCAAGUCUACGAAUACAUGACAAUUCACAUGUCAUAUACAGUAUUAAAUUAAAUAAUGGCUUUAAGAAGCGAAGACGUCAGAACGCAAAUUGAGUCGGCGAACACGCAGCAGAGCGUACCGGUUGUGGCGCCCGUUAGCGAUCUUAUCGACUUGGACCCGCAUUCAGAGCUGUUCCUCGAAACUCCUCCGCCUGAUGUUGUAAGCUCUAUCAAUGCUUGCUUUGAGCAGUUCACCAGCACCUUUGAAAGGAGACGAGAUGCUUCAGUCCCCAGAUCUUCUUCGGACAGUGACUCUGGUGAAAGCCUGUUUGUAACACAGUCUAUGACCAAACCAGUCCGAACUGAAAGACAACAACAUUCUAGAUCAACUAAGAGAACAGAGUCCAUCUCUGAUGAUACUGGUGAUGAUGGAGAGGGGGCUACCAGCAGCCUCCCAGAAAAUGAAGACACAGAAUAUCAAGAGGGAAGUGAAGGUCUCCAUGCAUUGUGCCCAAAAAGAGGAAAAAGGAUUGAUUAUGUUCCCCCUCAGAAAGCUACUUUUCCCUUUUUGUUGAAAUCGCACAGACAGCGGCACCUGCCCAUGAAGAAGCACCAGAUUCUAGAGAACUCAGAAAUUGGAGGGUUCCUCAAAUGCAUAAAGAAAAUCAAGGAGGGUUAUGUAAAAACAGGAAGAGCAAUCAGUUCCUAUAUGCUGGAGUCUCGGCUAAAUGAUAAUUCUGAUGGGGAUGACCACAACAUUGAUCAUGAAGUCACAAAAGUGGAUAAGAAUAUUUUUGUUCUAUGUUAUGGUAAAGAAAAAAAAAAAUGGCUUACACAAUCCAUCUGGGAGAAGAGGAUUCAGGAUUCACUUUCAAAAGACAACGAAGAACAUUUACUUAAUGUCGAUGGAAAAGAGAAGAAAAGAAAAACUAAAUCUACUAAGAAAAACAAGACCACUGCUUAUGUUAAAAAACAAUCAAAAAAGAAUCGCAAAGUUCCCCAAAGCAAAGCUGUAGCCAGGACUUUAUCAGAAUCUUCCUCUGUCUCUCUCUCUGAGGAGCAGGAAAAACAUGGGACGCAUGAGGUUUUAGCUUCAUGUUCAGAUGCUGAAGACUCAGAUUCUUCCAAUUGCAGACAACCUCUUAAUAAGCAGAUCAUUCAGUGUGCUGAGAACUCGCAUGGAAAUAAUUUAGUGGAAAUUGAAGAGACACAGAGACACUCUGCAGAGGCAGUCAAUCAAAUGGAGCAGGAGGAUGACAUGAGGUCAGGAACUGAGAAUCACCUUAAUUCCAAAAGCAAUUUCUUCUUUUCACCCCAAGGGGGAGACAUUUCUGUACAUAAUGAAAUUGAACAGCCUGACAGUGAUAUUGGCUCAGUGGACUUAUUCAUGCCAUUAAAGAAACAUAAGAACAAUCAAAUUCAUAAAAACGCUUCUAUUAAUGCGAACAUGGAGGAUAGUGAUCAAGACAGGGAUGUAGAGGCUGAAGGACAGUUUGAGUCCAUAUUUGGACCAGGAACACCCAGAUGGUGUGAUCGUGAACAUCAUGCACAUGAGGACGAUGAAAGUGACAUAACUCAAAUAGAGACGAAAGGAGAAUCUGUGUACGUGUUUGGAACAAGAACACCAACCAAGCCGUUUGCAAUUCAAGAUGUCAACAGUACCAAACACACUGUAUUCCAACAGCCAGGCCAGAGUCCUGUUGUUCCACAUACUGAACUGCUGUCAAGAAGAGAGGAUAAAACAAGACAUAAAAAUAAAAGGAGAAAAUCAAUGUCAUGUUCUCAUGAGGAAACUGAAGUCACAGGAAUAGAGACUGUGACUGUGGAAGCAUCAUCUAAACCUUUACCACUAGCUGAUGAACCAUUAAGAGAAGUUUACUCAAGUUCCGGUGAACAUGUUAGCGUGGGUAAACAAAGAAUGGUGGUGGAGAUGGAAACAGAUUCUCCAGAUAGUCCUUUGUUUAAAAAUGUUGGAAUGAGCUUUCUAAAACGAAAAAGAAAGGGUAAGAAGAGAAUGGGUGCUGCUAUUUUGAUAGAAUGUGAUACAAAUGUAGAUGUGAGUCAGAAAGUGAGUUCUGUUGAUUAUGUCACUGAGCUUAAAACAACAUGCAGAGAAAACAGGGAAUUAUGUGAUGUAGAGAAUAGAGUAACAAACAAAGAGCAAACAGCAACAUCACUUUUACAAUCAGAGGAGACGUCUGAGCUCUUGGACGAAAUCAUUUUAUCUACAGUGGCAGAUAACAAUGUUGUCAAAAAGGCUACGAGGAAAAAGAGGAAAAUGAACAAAUUAAAAGAGCAUGUGCAGCCUGGUGUAGAAAAUCAGUUUGUUGAGGCAGUCCAGUUCAGUGAGCCACGCCCACAAACUACUGAGCUGACACUCAAAAGAACAAAAAAGAAGAGAAAAGACAAAGAGAAGACAAAUACUGCAUAUGUAGAGGGGAAUAGUGCUACAGACAUCCCAUCAAACGAAACUUUAGACUUCGAUAGACCAGCGGAGUUGACAAUAAAUGAAGGGAAUCAAUCCAGUGCAGCUCCAGAGACUGGCCAACCUAAGCAUACGCAGACGUCAGAGGAAAUUACUGGGUGUCCGUCGCCUAAUGUAACGAGAUUACAAUCAGUGAAGAAAAAAAAAAAGAGAGAUGAGAUUAAAGUCUCUCGCUAUGAAUCUGUUGAUCUGCAUGUGCAUUCUUUGUCUCAGUUUGAUGCUGGUCUCCGAGUGUUUAAGCAACAGGAAGAUCAAGUCAAAGAAGAAAGGCAGAGCAAUGACAGUGCAGCUGAACAUUUGGAAGGUAAUACAGCAAGUAUAUUAAAGGUUGCCAAACGCAAGAAGAAAAGUCAGAAUUUAAAUUCUCCUCAAAUUGAUGAUAUUGGACUGGAAAAACAAGUAUUAGGCAUGCAGUCAGAGAGCACAGCAGAAACAAAUAAUUUAGGUUCAGAUGACACUGACAUUGUUAUCACAAAGGACAAACAGAAAAGGACAAAAAAGAAGAAACUAAAAGAGCGAAAGACAAUAGAGCUCGCUUCAGAUAUCAAGGACAUUAUACAGUUUCAAUAAAGGGAGUCGCAAUCUACUGAUUUUCCAUUCAGACGAACAAAAAAGUGAGCAAUCAUACAACACAACAAUGCAGACUGACAGGCCUGCAUUAUUACCUCAUUGUGAGAUUAUGUGAUUUCUGCAUAUAAUUCAAAUGAAAAAAAGAAGAGGAAGGUGUACACUGAAAAUAAGGAAAUCUCCAUGUCACACUGACUCACCUACAGCGAUAAAUCUUGAUGACACACCCAAAAGACUAGGUAUCAUGACAGAGCAGGUUAUGUUCAAAUUGAGUGUAAUGGGAAUAUCUUUGUUCAGUCAUGAAGAAAACAUGAUACAUAUAAAGAGAAAACCCUAAAGAAAGGAUCAAGAGAACCAUCUAAAUUGGCUGAUGUGUUGAUGCAAUAAUAACAUACGAAAAGACGAAGGCACAGUUUGAGUCAUAAUGAUGGUGCUACAAGAAAGAUAUAGAAUGAUAUAGAAAGACAUGAUAGAAUGAUAGAAAAUAAUUACACAGUGGUUGAAAUGUUGUUGUUUUAGACUUCCGACCUUUAGCCCUUCAGAACACAGACAAAAGUAAAAAAAAAAUUCUUCUCAGGAGAAUAUGUAUCUUCAUAAAAGAGAAAAAUGGAAAUGUAUAAACCUGUGAUGAAAAGAUUUUUUUAAAUGUAUUUUUAAAGAAUUGUUUGUGAUAGCUUGAUUUCAUUUAAAGCAAGAUUAAAUUAUACAAAAAAGUAUUUUGGCAGUUCAUUGUACUAUAAAACAUAUCUCCUGAAAUAACAUGCUUGUACAUUGUUUUUUUCUUUUGUUUUGUAGAUAUGUAGAUCAUUGAUCUGUGGGUCAAUGGAUUUAUUUUAAAUUAGGUAAUAUAAAUUCAUUGAAUUAUUAUUUAUUACAUUGUGCAGACAUUAUGCACUUUCAUUUAGACUGAGCACAGAAUCGGAAACUUCUUCAUCUGAAUCUGUAUUUUUUUUAUAGAGAACAGUAUAAUUCUGACCUUACUACUUUGAAGCAGAUUAAGCAUAUAGUGUCCAUAAUGGAAAUGUAUAGAGAAAUAAAAUAUGGGUUUCCCCCAUGUGAUAAACAUGGUGAUGAUUGUUUUACUGUUAUUUAAUUUUUCUGAGGGCUGAAAUGGAUAGUUCAACUAUGACUUCUGUGGAUAAGAAAAUAUAUUUUUAGAAACAUCUUUUUUUUUUCCUCUCUCUGUUCAUGCCAAGUAAAUCAUUAAGCAGCAGAACUGUUUGGUCACCAACAUUUCUUCAGAAUAACUUUUAUGUUCCACAGAAGUAAGCCAUUAACAGGUUUGGGACCUCAUGAGUAAAUCAUGACAGAAUUUUUAUUUUUAAUGAUUAAAGCUACCACUUUAAUCAUUAUAUAAAUGUUAUUUCAUAGCAGCACCUCCAGUCCUCAAAUUUAAAUUUAUUAUUCGAGUGAGCCCAUGGUUGGAGAUUUUUAGGUGAUUCUGCAUGUCAUGUCAUUAUGCCAGUAAGUGGUGAUGUGACCUUAUGAGUGAUUUAAUUAAUCAUUUGCUAAACUAAUUAGUUCAAAAAGUGUGUUUCUUAAGAAGUGCAAAAGUUCUGUUAAUUUUUUAACAUAUUUUGUUAGUUUAUGAUGUAUAAAAAUCACUCACAGUUGUGCUUUUCCUAUGAAUUUCAACACUACUGUGAUUACAUGAAUAAAUGUACUUGAAAAAUA